AUGGAGCCCAAAGGUACCAGUCUCACCGGAUACAGCUCCGCCGUGCCGGACACCACUGGCACGAAGGACCCCGUCGCGCGGGCAGCCAUUCCCUCUGCGCUCACACAAGAUGACGGCGCCCCCGACUACAUGCGACUCAUCCUGACAUCUCGGGUCUACGAUGUCAUCAAGGAGACCCCCGUCACGCAUGCCGUCAAUCUGUCGAACCGGCUGGGCUACAAGGUGCUCAUGAAGCGGGAGGACCUGCAGCCGGUGUUUAGCUUCAAGCUUAGGGGCGCAUAUAACAAGAUGGCGCACAUGCCGGCGGAAGACCGUUGGAAGGGGGUGAUUGCCUGUUCUGCCGGAAACCACGCCCAAGGCGUCGCCUACUCGGCCAAGCAUCUCGGCAUCCCGGCCACCAUCGUCAUGCCUCUCGCCACGCCUAGCAUCAAAACCGCCAACGUCGCCCGCCUCGGCUCCCAGAUCGUCCUGCACGGCGCCGACUUUGACGCCGCGAAGGCCGAGUGCAAGCGUCUUGAGGAGAAGCACGGCCUCACAAAUAUUCCCCCCUUCGACGACCCGUAUGUCAUUGCCGGUCAGGGCACCAUUGCCAUGGAGCUCGCCCGCCAGGCUAACAUCGCAGACCUCAAGGCUAUCUUCUGCUGCGUGGGUGGUGGUGGCCUCAUUGCGGGUAUUGCCUGUUAUAUUAAGCGCAUUGCGCCCCAUAUCAAGAUUAUUGGCGUCGAGACCCACGACGCAAAUGCAAUGGUCGAGUCGCUGAAAGUCGGCCACCGCGUUGAGCUCAAAGAAGUCGGCCUCUUCGCCGACGGCGCCGCAGUAAAGGUCGUCGGCGAAGAGACCUUCCGCCUUUGCAGAGAGUACGUCGACGAAGUCAUCGAAAUCUCCACCGACGAGAUCUGCGCAGCGAUUAAGGACGUCUUCCAGGACACGCGCUCCAUUGUCGAGCCCGCCGGCGCCCUCGCCGUCGCCGGAAUGAAAAAGUACGCCGCGCUGAACCCACCCACAGACCCCAAGGAUUCGCUCUGCGCAGUGCUGUCCGGCGCGAAUAUGGAUUUUGACCGUCUGCGAUUUGUCGCGGAGCGCGCUAGAUUGGGAGAGGGGCAUGAGGUGCUGUUGUCGGUGAUUGUGCCGGACCGCCCAAAGGUGUUUUAUGAGAUGAUGCAGUGCAUCAUCCCACGAGCUGUGACGGAGUUCUCGUACCGUUUCGGGGACGGCGAGAGGGCGAGUAUCUUUAUGAGUAUACUUGUCGGGGACCGCGAAAAGGAGAUUCCAGAGAUAUUGGAAAGCUUCGAGAAGAAGGGAUUUGAGGGAGUUGAUAUCAGCGACAAUGAGUUUGCGAAGAGCCACGGGAGGUAUCUGAUUGGCGGGAGGAUGCCGAGUGGGAUGGAGGACGAAGAGAGGGUGUAUCGGUUUGAAUUCCCGGAGCGCCCAGGCGCACUGUCAAAAUUCCUAGAGCUCCUCCGUCCGGAAUUCAACAUCUCGCUGUUCCACUACCGGAACUACGGCGGCGAUGUCGGAAAAGUACUCGCAGGUAUCCAAGUGCCUCCCGGCAAGCGCGAGGUGCUCGAGCAGUUCCUGGUGCAGCUCGAGUACCCAUUUGUAGAUGAGACGGAGAAUGAAGUGUAUAAAAAGUUUAUGACACAGGAGGGGAGGCCUUAG